GUGUGUGUGUUGGUGUUUCAUUAACUGAGCAGCUUUUGUCCAGAACUGGACUUUGACUUUGGACCUGGUCUGAGGAAGAAGAAUGGGGCCGAGAGAGAAAGCCCAGACGUGAUGGAGCGACCCCUCUAGCUGGACGACAUGGUCAGAUGGAGCGGGCUGAGCGCUCCUGGGCUGCUGCUGCGUUUGGGGCUGCUGCUGACGGCGGUGUGCGUGAGCCUGCAUGUUUACCUGGAGUCGCACUGGCAGAGGUGGGAGCAGCCCAGUCGAGGCGAGCAGGACCCGGUGAGGUCAGAGGAGCAGCCGCUGAGGAGGAGAGUCACCUACAUCCACUCGCUGAGGAGGAAGGGUCAAGCUGGACAGGACUCCUCACCUCCACCGCUCAAAGCUCACAAGAAGACCUCUAGAUGGCGCAUCGACUUGCAGCCCUUCGCCAGCGAGACUCGCUCUCUGGAGGACGAGGCCUCCAGGUUUCUCUCCUACAUCACAACACCACAAGUGUCGUGCUCACCGAUGUUGGCAGGUGAGGCGCUUCAAGAGUGGAACCAAGGAGCCUGGUCGGUGUGUCUGGACCCGAAAUACAGACUGACCCAUCGCCUCCAGGACAGACACUGCCGGGUCUACUCUUUCGGGUUGGGCGUAGACGACUGGGACCUGGAGAGCAACCUCUCCAGGUCGGGGUGCGAGGUCCACUGCUUCGACCCUAGCCUGAAGCAGCCUCACCUGCAGCGGGACGACAUGUGGCUACAUCGACUCUCGGUGGACUGGAGAGACCCCAACCCCGCUCUGCUCCAGCGGCAGCACAGCAACACCAAGAAACUGGCCACCAUCCUGAACGACUUCGGCCACAGACAGGUGGAUGUUCUGAAGGCGGAUAUGGAGAGUGCCGAGUGGAAGAUUCUGGAGAAUGUGAUCCUGGAAGGCGUUUUGGACUCAGUGGGUCAACUGCUUCUGGAGCUUCACCUCCACUGGGCAGGGUUCGAGGUGGGCGGCGACGACCCCUCGGUGGUGCGCUAUUGGUUCAGCCUGCUGAAGGAGCUGGAGAACGCCAACUUCAAGCUCUUCCACGUUCACAAGGACCCAGCCAAACCGCUGCUGUUCCUGCACAAGAAUGUUCUCAACGCCAGCAGCGCUUAUACCUUAAGCUGGGUCAACACGCAGUGGACACCCUGAUGAACCAGCCACGGACCCCACUCGGAUGACCCCGCCCAAAACAAGCUGGCAGUCGAGGAACUCCUCCUGCUUCUCUUAUGCUCAAACCUGUGUGGAACAGUCAGACUCUUGGUGCUCUACCUCACCAUCUCUGAACAUCGUAGCUUCAACAAGAAGGUGUCAAACCAGAACAUUAAAUGAAACACAUUUUCAACACGUCCUCUCAAUUUCUGCAUCGCCACUGUUUCCCCACGUUAUUAA